AAGCAACACACACAAGUAACUGACAAGAUGGUCAACAUGAUGCGAAAGAUAAAGUAAAAAGCCACAAUGCGUCGAUAGUCAUGAAGGGUCUUCAUCUCAACAUCUUUUCCAUCUUUGCCAUUACCGCACGACGACCACCCUUACUCCGAAUGAAGACCACUUCCGAGCGUCAUCUCCCUGUCUGGGCGUUUCUCUCCAUCCUUCUUCGUCUCGUCUUCCUGCGGACGGUCGAACAAAGCAUGACCCAAAACUUGAGUUAUGCUUUGUUCAAUGAAGGAGUUGAUGAACAACCACUAGGUGCACCCUCUACUCGACGUCAUCAACAACAUCCCGCAACACGUAGAACAUCAACAAUGUUCCCCUUCGUUGCCGCCGGCACCACGCGGGUUCUCGAUCCGGGCGGCAUGCUGGUCGAUUCGUGUCGAACCCAGGUCUGCUCCAACAACCAAAACAUGGCGAAACUAAAGAUCGCCCUGGAGCAGAUCGAAACCCCGCCGCAAGUGAACCAGAUCAUUAUCGAGGUGGAACCGUUUCACGACGAUCCGCAAAAGGACAGAGUUUGGGAAUCGCUACAAGGGGAUCAGCUGCUACACGAGAAGGCGGUGUCCAGACUCCGCGACUGCGAGAACAACAUGGCGGAAGAUAAAAAACCCUGCCCCUACGCGUACGUGGUGUUAGAUUCGCACCCCAAGGUAUGGAUGUGUCAGAGUUGAAAUCGACAAAGUUGAAAUAAUUUGUCAUGCAUAAAUCUGUCUUCGGUUGUGUAGUGGUUUCGGUCGGUUUAGCAUUACAAAUUAUUUCAACUUUGACGAUUUCAAACCUGACGCUUCCAUACAAGGCGGAACUGGAUCCGACGGUGGUGACGGAGGCACAAGAGAAAUUCUCCUUUUCCCUAUCACAGUGAAAAAUGCCCCCCACCCCCGAAAUUGCAAGAAUUUGCGAUGCGAAGUUUCCAAAUGAAAGCUUUUUGUCAUGCAUGAAAGGAGUACGAAUCUUUCUGAUGCAGAUUCUAGUCGUGUUUCGCAUCGCUUGCAUGACAAGCACCGCUCUUGCUGGGAUCUGUUGCAAUACAAAUUUUUGCUAUUCACGAUCGGAAAUCUGUGAUGCUGAUACACGCAAGAGGGCGAAUGUUUCAUUUGGAAAGAUUUGCAAUACAAAUGCUUUCAAGUUCGGGGGUGGGGGCAUUUUUCAUUGUAAUAUUCCCAGUUCGGGAUCGCGGUGGCGCUCAGUGCGAAAACGGACUUCAACUGCAUGCGGGAGCAUCUCCGGGUGUUCCUCAGAAACAUUGCCGACCACAACUGGACUUCGCACAUGCACUGGGUGCCCUACUUGCUUCCGCAAGUGCUGGACGCGGCGGUGGCGCAACGCGAGGACAUGUGUAGUCGGGGAUCUGGUUCUUUACCUUCCUCGCCAGAAGGUAUUUUCAACGCGGAUGGGACACGAAUUGCAGCAGAAUCGGCGGCGACCAGUAUCACCGAAGAUUUUCUCACGUUGUUCUCCUCCUUCUCGAACCGACUGCACACGGCGUUUUUCCUGAAGUCGGAGAUUCUCCUCCCCUUGGGGUUCAUGGCGGCGUUCGCGAUGUGCACCCUGCUGGUUCUGUACAUUUUGUUCGUGACCGUGGCGCCGCCGCCGGCGAGACCGCCUUCCCGGGUGGAGCCGGGAGACUACCAGCUCACGGAUGGACAGGUUUUUAAUAGUGAGACUGGUUUACUUAGUAAGGCUUUCAUGCAUCAGAAACAGAAUGAAGUUGAUGUAGUUUCGUCUUUCUAUUACGUCGUGUUGCGCAUGGCAAAGUGAAUACCCCGUGACAAAUAUGUUCCAGGGCGUCGUGGUUCGUUUCGCGCCCGCGUCUGACGCGCCGGUGGUCGGGGAAUUAGAAUCCGGGGAGGUCGACCUCACCGUCGUGUCCGUGCACGAGAACGCGUGGCUCGAGAUUUCGCUCCCGUAUCCGGGCUGGAUAGAGAUCGAAGCGUUGGUGGCGCAGGGGGAGAAAGGUGGUACGUCAAAUCGCGGCGCAGAAGACACAAAAGAUGCGCAGAGGGGGCAAAAUCACACAUACACCCCGCGGGACGACUCCUUCCAGGAGGCGGAUGAUCACUCCGGGUCUUACGGCGGCGGGGUGUCGUCUCCGGAAGUUGUAGACGGGAGUUUUAGUGGGGAAUCUAGUGCUGGUGCGAGGCACAGGAUACUGGAGAAAACGAUGGCGCGGGAGAAUGGUUGAAGGGGAUGUGCAGGCGUUUCUUCCUAAUCGCGAAAAAAUGCUGAUGAUCCCGCCCCGGUGAAAGAGUUGAUUUCUGUGACCGUGUCAGCAUGAGGUCGUGCGAGCCGGAACCGCAUCUGCCUUCCGGAUCUGUAAGAAGUACGUGUAAGCCGGAGGACGGACUCAUGACUCGGACUCAACGGACUUGCCACGCGGCUUCGUUUCGCGUCAGUGCGGCGAUCAUG